AUGAAGUUUCCUUCCACGAUCAUUGGUGCUGCGCUACUCGCCACCUCUAUCGUCGCCUCUCCUCUGACUUCUCGGCGACAGGCGAGCAGUGCGAUACAGCGAUCUGCACGAGCCAUGCGCCGCACAAGCCCUCCUUAUACUCUGGGUACCUCAGAAGAGCUCUAUUUGAAUCAGACGAUUCAAGAAACUUACAGCUCAAAUUGGGCUGGGGCUGUGCUUAUUGGUACUGGGUACACUUCGGUAUCCGGGGAGAUCACAGUUCCUUUCCCCCAACUUCCAAGGGGUGCUAAUUCCUACACGAACUACUGCGCGUCUGCGUGGGUUGGCAUCGAUGGCGAUACUUGUAAUACAGCCAUUCUGCAAACAGGAAUUGAUUUUUGUAUCCAAGGGGAAACUACGUCGUACAGCGCCUGGUACGAAUGGUAUCCAGACUACGCCCAUGACUUUAGCAACAUCCAAAUUUCGGCUGGAGAUGUAAUCAAAUCGACAGUCGAUGCGACUUCGAGGAGUUCCGGCUCUGUUACUCUUGAAAACUUAUCCACCGGUGUAUCUGCGACGCAUAUAUUCCCCCAUGGCAUUGGGGGUAACCUCUGCGAGUUUAAUGCCGAAUGGAUUGUGGAGGACUUUUCUGUAAACAACGCAAUGGCGCCUUUUGCCAAUUUUGGCACUGUGGUAUUCUCCAAUGCAGUUGCCUCGCGCGGUAGGACUACUUACGGACCAUCAAAUGCUACUAUCAUGGACAUCUAUCAGGAUCGGAUUCUCACAUCUUCUUCUGUUACCGGAAAUACUGUCACUGUCAGUUACAUUUAG